GGAAUUAGGUUAAGAUGGCGUUCUUGCUGUGUUCUUCAAGAGAUACAAAUAACUGUAAAAGAAGAACCAAGAACAAAUUGACAUAAAAUUAAAGAAUUUUGACAAAAUUUUACAACAUUUACAUUGGAAAAAAUGGCAAAGCAUGUAAACUUUUCGGAUGGUCUGAAAAUUGGUGAUUUGAUAACUCCCGAUGGAAUUACGUUUGAUCUUGAAGAAGAAAUUGAGAAUGAUGAAGAAGAAGAUUUUGGAUAUUCUCCACAUGUACAAUUCAGCAAUGAGGAUAUGUUAAAUAUGUUAAAUAUGAAUGAUUUUGACGAUGAUAAUGAGGAUGAUGAGAAAGAAACUGUAUCCCUCUGUGGUAUAAGCUUCUCAAAGUUGAAAUUGAAAAUGACGAGCUUAACUGAAGAUGAAAAAGUCAUGAAGUUUGUUAAGCAAAAAGGUGUUGGUGAAGUUAUACCAUCCAAUGCUCAUGCCACCGUUCACUACAUUGGAUAUUUUGAGUAUAGAGAUGAGCCUUUUGAUUCUACUUACUCUUGUGGGAAGCCAAGAUCGUUGCGUCUAGGCCAGAAUAUUGUUAUACCUGGUCUAGAAAUUGGUAUACGUUCUAUGCAAAAGCAUGAAAUAGCAAUAUUUGUGAUUCAUCCUGAUUUUGCUUUUGGAGCUCUUGGUUGUCUGCCUCGUAUCCCACCUAAUGAGGAAGUGGCAUUCGUUGUUCAUUUACUCGAUUUUAUUGAUGAUGGCUGUGCAGCUACAUAUCAAAGUCUCUUACCAGAGGAGAAACAAUUGUUUAAUUGUGUGGCAAAGCCUGUAACACAUAUGCUUGUAACUGCCAAAAGUUAUUUCACAAAAUAUAACUACAAACAAGCGAUACGAGAAUACAAAAAAAUUAUUGAUUGUUUGGAGAAUGUCAAAUUAAAAGAUGAAGCGGAAGAGAUUGAAAUGAAUAAAUUACUGACACGAGCAUAUGUGAAUCUUGGAAUUUGUUUCAACAAGCAAAACAUGCCUACUAGGGCUUGCAUGGCCUUAAGACGUGUGCCAAAUCCAACAGCUAAAAGCUAUUAUCAUUUUGGAAAAGCUUUGCUGAAUAUUGGAGAGUACAAUGAUGCAAUGAAGGAGUUACAAAAAGGUUAUGCAUUAGACCCACAAAACGAAACCAUUCGAAAAGCAAUACAAACAACGAAUGUGAAGCAACGCAAAUAUCUGGACAUAGAGAAACGCAUGUAUAAAAAUUGCUUUAAGUCUAAGGAAGAACAAAUAAAAAUGACUGAAUUUCGAAAAGCCGCGCGUGAGAUGUGUGAAAACCUUAUCAAUAGUAGCGACGUAAUAAGACAAUCUCUUUCGGAAGGUUUUACGAAAGAAGAACAUGAAAUUAUACAUGAAGAAGCUGCUAUAUUAGGAUUAGACGUGGUAACAUCUACCAGAUAUGGCAAGGAAACCGUAUACCUUCAAAAAAGCAAAUCAUAAAAUUACAUUACUCGAAAAUUAUUACUUAAGUUUUUUUUGUAAACAAUUAUAAGAAAUGCCUUUAAUAUCAUAGUUAAAUGCAUGAUUAAUUACAUAUUAUUGAUUGUGCUACAAUUUAUUAAUAUUUGAGAUUAUAUACAUUUUUUCAGUAUUUUCUAAAGAAGGUAAGACAUAAAGAAAUAGAUGCAAUUUUAGAUCGUUAAAUAAAACCUAUUAUGAUUAAGCCUUAUUUUCUUGCUGCUGAGCAAUCAAUUUUAAGUGAUUACGAGGUUAAAAUUUAUUAAAAAUAUCAAGAAAUAUUAGGGUUGGAUAAGUUAAAGGAAUGUUAAAAUUAUCUUGUUUUCUUGAUCAAUGAUUUUUUUCAGUAUUUUAUUUUAUUAAUGGUAUUACAAAUAUAAAAAUUUUUUUCUACAAUUAAAGUAUAGAUGCAAAUGUAACUCAAGUUGGUCGACUUUAUGACGAAAACAAAAUUUAAGAAAUUUAUAUUGGAUGCUUCGUAAACCGUACGUGUGUAUUAUAAAUCGUUCUAUUGGUCAUAUUCACGAUUUUAGCAUUCUCUUAAUAUAUUUUUUAACUAAAAAUUGAGUUAAACUUGGCUUAUAAAAUUAAUUUAAUUACGUUAAAAGUUGCAUAAGCAAAAAAACUAAUUUAACUUAGUUAACAGUUAAUUUUGAAAAAUAUUAUUCAUAUUAAAUUAGAAAUUCUUAAUUUUUUAAAGUUAGAUUACUCAAAACAAUUAUGACAUGGAUCACAUCAAACAAAUUUAAUAUUUUUGAAUUAAGUUUAUAUGAAAUAACAAAAAAAUAUUUUUUUUAUAUAAAAAUUUAUUUGUUUUAUAAUUUUUUUCUUUUUACAUAGAUACAUUUUUAACUUAAAAAAAGUUAAUAAAUUAAAGUUUGUGUUUCAAAAAAAAAAAAAAAAUAGUUGAUGUAAAGAAGGAACCAACCCUGAUCACCCUGUAUAUCAAAGAAUCCUUGAUAUACAAUCUGAUGUUCUUGUAAUUUUUUAAGUUUAUAACAGCUAUUGCGUAAGCAUAUCAAAUAUGAAAUCACUCUGAUUGCAAGGGAUUUCUAAUAUGUUAUGUGCCAUGUAUUAUAAUGUGACCAAAGAGAAUCUAACAAGAUAGUAGAUGAUAGUAUUAAGGUCUAAUGAUUUUAUAUUUUUUGUUAAUGUAAUAAAGUUUUAAUGAACAAAAA